CUCUUCCUUAACACGUAAAAGAAAUCGUAGAGGAGGAACCAGAAGAGAGGAGAACCCCCAAUCACAAAUUAGGGUUAGGGUUAGGGUUCAUGGUGCUCCACAACUCGCGCGGCGAUGACGACGAGGGAUGAGAUCGAGAUAGGAAGAGCCGCGAUAAGGCGCGCCAUUAGAGCCCUAAGGAAGCGGCAUUUGCUCGAGGAAGGUGCUCAUGCCCCCGCCAUUAACGCUCUCACGCAACCCUUUACUGUUCUGGGUUUAGAAUGGAAAGAAAAAGCUGAAAACCUUGAGCUUGAACUACAACAGUGCUACAAGGCUCAAUCACGAUUAUCUGAGCAGCUUGUGGUAGAAGUGGCAGAGAGUAGAAGCUCGAAAGCUCUUCUUCAAGAGAAGGAUGCCUUACUUGCAAAUCUGAAGGAUGAAGUUGAACAAACAAGGGAAGAAAAUUCAAAGCUUAAAGAAAGUUUAGAUGAAAAAACAAAAGCAUUGGACCUUUUAGUAGAUGAACACAGAUCACUCAGAGCACAAUUUGAAGAGGUCAUUGUGAAACUUAAAGAUGCUGAGGCUGAAAACAAGAAAUUGAUUGAUCGUUGGAUGUUAGAAAAGAUGCAGGAUGCAGAAAGGCUUAAUGAGGCUAACGCAAUGUAUGAAGAAAUGCUCCAAAAGCUAAAACUAAGUGGUGCAGGUGGUAUACAACAGCAAGCACGACAAGAAUCGGACGGUAUCAUCCGCCGCACCGAAGCAGGAUACUUUGAGCUUCCGGAGCCAGCCAUACCCUCCGUGCACAAGCUCACCCUCCAAGCUCAUGAGGGGGGGUGCGGGUCCAUAACAUUUCAGCACAAAUCUGACAAGUUGAUUAGCGGCGGCCAAGACCGAACUGUUAAGAUAUGGGACAGCCAAACUGGAGCUCUUAACUCCACCCUUCAAGGCUCCCUUGGAUCAGUGCUUGAUCUCACCGUUACGAAUGACAACAAAUGUAUAAUCGCCGCCUGUAGCACUAACAACUUGUAUGUGUGGCAAGCGAACGGGGGACGGAUACGCCACACUCUUACUGGUCACGUCAACAAAGUAUGUUCUGUGGAUGCGAACCGGGUUUCUAGCUCCGUUAUAGCAAGUGCUUCUCUCGAUCAUACUAUAAAAAUUUGGGACCUCAACACGGGAUACUGCAGCAAUACCAUCAUGUCAUCGAGCAACUGUAACACCCUUUCUUUCAUCGACCAUGAUACAAUUUGCUCAGGCCAUGUUGAUGGGAAUAUAAGGAUAUGGGAUAUCCGAAGAGGGAAAUGUAGUAGCCAGGUAGCAGCUCAUCCGCAGGUCACAUCGGUUUGCGUUUCUCGAAGUGGAAAUCUUGUUCUAACGAGCGGAAAGGACAAUGUACAUAAUUUGUUUGAUGUGAGGACUUUGGAAGUGUGUGGGACAUUUAGGGCAGGUGGAAGUAGAGUGGUGUCAAACUGGGGCCGGUCGUGUAUUAGCGCCGAUGAGAACUGUAUUGUGGCUGGGGCGUCUGACGGGUCAGUCUAUGUAUGGUCGAGAUUGAAGGGAGAGAUUUUGAGCAUUUUAGAAGGGCAUUCAUCGGCCGUCCUCUCAUGCGCGUGGAGCGAGCUUGGGCAGCCUCUCGCCUCCGCUGAUAGAAGCGGGAAUGUUUUCGUAUGGAAUUGAUGACGACGACAUGUCGCAUACAUGAAUUAGAUAUUAGCGCGUCAUGGCGGAAAUCCUCUUCCGUUGGUUCUGUUCAUUCUUUUGUUUUCAUACAGAUUGCUGUAAAUUCAUCACAAUGUCUUGGUAAUUCAAAUAUCGACUUGCACAAAGAAUCUCAUAUUCUCCAUUUCUAGCAGUGCACUCUAGUUGUUCCUUUCCAUUUACUUGAUUAAAGUUUGUAACUCAAUCUGAA